CGGCGGUGGGCUGCGAGUCACGUCAGCAUGCCCUUAGAGUCGCCGACGUACGAGCAGCAGCUGCUAAUGUACGGAAAGCAGCUGAAAAAAGGUCGCGGGCGACGUGCAGUUGAGAAGGAGGCCAAGCCGUCGAUCAUGGCCGAUCUGUCCCGGGCGGUCUCGCAUCAUGGCGUCGAUCUGUGGCUCGACGCCUUCUGCCUGAGGGGGCACGUCGGGGACAUGACCGUCAAGAAGGCUGUCGAGGCAGUGCUCCGAACCAAGCUCAAGCAAAAGGUACGCAGCAAGGCUCGCGUGACGUCUUACGAAGCAGACGCAGCUUGGAGCCCCAGCUUUGUAGUGUACGGCUCGGAUGCUUUGUGCGGCUGUACGGCAGACGAACCGGCACAGAACGGAAGAACUAGAUUACUAGGGCAUGCGGGUUGA